GUUAGAUAUUCUGGCCCGAGGUUCCUGGCCACGGCAGUCUACAAUCGAGAACUUAAAGAAGGAUACGGUUACGCCAGAAGAGUGCCAAUCAUGAUAAUUGGGCAAGCUCGGACAGGGAAGACAAGUCUAAAGAAGUCUUUAAAAGGGGAAUUGUUCGAUCCAAAUGAAGGAAGCACAGAAGGUAUAGAGACGGAUCCUUCCUAUUUUAAAGUCACGACAGACGUCUGGAGGACAGGCCAGAAAAGGACAGGCAGUAAUAGCGAAGAUACUCAAACAGAGCCAGAAUUUUUGUUAGACCGCCAGCUAGCCCAGAAUAUAUUCAAAGGCUUAAAGGAGACAGAACGUUUAGAGGAUCCUAGUACGAGUUGGACCAAGCCAUCAGUUAUAGAUGUCAAAGAAGUCGAGCCAUCUGAAGCGAAUUCACCGCCCACUGAACGAUCAGAGGAAUCUAGCAGUAACGGGUUCGAACCGUCAUUUCGAGAUUCCAAAGCAGUCGAGAAUGCCAAAGCCCCUUCAUUACGUACAGAAGUUUCUGUAGAACCAGAGGAACUCAAAACCAGUUCAACAGUUAUAGAGCAGAUUGAGAGCGACCCAUCAACUCAAGACUCCAAAGAUCAUCAAAAAGUACCAGAAAACGUAGCAGCAUUGGUUCAAGAACUGCUUAAAGAUAACACAAAGUUCAUGGAGGGAGACGGCAUGUAUUCUGUCAUUUGGGAUUUUGGAGGACAAUCGGUUUUCUACGACACCCAUCCAAUUUUCUUGACAGAAAAGGCCAUCUACAUUUUGGCUUAUGAUCUCAGUCGUCAUCCGUAUCAGAAAGCCAACACUCCUGUGAAACAAGGCAUGUACGAGGAUAUAGAAGACACCGACUGCCAAAAAACAAACUUCGACUACCUUGAUUUUUGGAUGUCAUCAAUUUAUUCUUUGGUUAGUAAAAAUACUAACCGUCAGAAAACUUCGUCGCCUGAAACGUUACCUCCAGUUUUCUUGGCUUGUACGCAUGCUGACGAACCUUACACUAAGAAAGGUAAUCCCUCCAAAAAAGUCUAUGGAGCUUUGAAAGACAAGAUUUAUCGCGAUCUCCUCAAAGGCUUUUUUGUUGUAGACAACACUAAGUCAGGCAGCAGUGAUGAGUGCCAAGGCGUGAAAAAAUUGAGAGAAAGUGUACUUUCUGUUGCCAAGGAGCUUCCACAAAUGAAAGAGAAAAUUCCUUUAAAGUGGUUAAAGUAUGAAAAGGUUCUGUAUCUUUUGAUGAGCAAGGGCCGCGAGAGGAUAUCCAUCGAGGAAGCACGACAGAUAGCCUCAGAUGAAUGCGGGAUUGACGACAAUGUGAAAUUUCGAACAGUACUUAACUUCUUACACGAUCAGAAAGUUUUGAUUAAUUUUAAUGAAUUACCGGAAUUGGAAAGCAUGGUCAUUUUGAACCCACAGUGGCUUGUAGACGUGUUUAAGGAAGUAAUCACGUUCAAAAGUUUCAAUCCCCGGAGAAUAACGUUGAAAGUUUCAAUACCACGGAGAACAGCGUUGAAAGACUGUGGAAAGAUUUUGAGACGACUGGAGUCUUAGAUAGAAAGGUUUUAGUUCAUGCAUGGGGACGCUUCAUUGAUGACCAAGAAACCUGCAAGAGCCUCAUUGCUAUAAUGGAGAGAUUUAGUCUGCUUUGUCCAUGGCCAUCAGAAGGGACCAAAGAGCAGUACCUUGUACCAUCCAUGCUGAGGUCACCCCCAACAAGUGAUGUUCUUGAGCUCCUUGCUUCUGCGCAAAUUCCCUCACUGUUUGUGAGGUUUGAAUCACGCAGAGUGCCGCCGGGCCUAUUUUCACGACUUAUUCUGCUUUUUCAUAAGUGGACCCAAGAAAGAUGGAUGAGCCCUAUUAAACCUCUGCUGUUCAAUAACGUUGCCUUGUUUCACAUCUGUCCUCAUAAUGCCACUUCCCUCGUCUUACUGUGCCAUUCCUCGUCCAUCGAGAUAGUUUUGUGUGUUGGAGAUGGUGAAGUUCUUGGUGACGAGGCAAGCUUUAGCUGUGAAGUUGAUCUGAAUGUAAGCCGUGGCAUUCAUCGACAAAUGAGAUUGUUUCUUGAAUGCAUGCGUAAAGAGUUCUUCUGGUUAGAGCAUAUGAGAUACGAAAUGUGUGUCUCUUGUCCUGUGUGUUCUCUGCAGAAAGGGAGCUCCAAAUGCCGUAAACAUUUUGUAAGUGGCUGCGAUUGUUUACAUCUGUUGUCAGAUUUAGAGAUGCAAAACCUUCCAUAUUGUGAAAGGCCUGUUGUUUGUGGGGAUCGUAGGAUUUGCAAAGAGAUGUUCGCACCUUGGUUUUCA